AUGGGUAAUGAGUUGGGAUGCGAAUGCCUUGUAAAAGAUAAACCAGACUUUCAGUAUAAAAAUCAUACAAAUAGCCAUAUAAUUAUUGAUGGACCGGUUAAGAUAGUAGAUGAUUCAAGACUCUUUGAAGAAGCUCAUACCUUAAUUGAGUUGAAAACUAAAAUGAAGCACUAUGUACCUUAUGAAAUCAAGUGCGUCAAAGACAAAACUAUUGAUAUAUUUCACAGCUUCGUUAGAGUUAUCGGAAUGAAACAAACGAAAGACGAUAUUAUCGCAAUUGUUGUGGAAAUUAUUUUCAGUUCUCUUGGAAAUUUUUUGAUCUGCAUUUCUGAUUAUGAUGAAAGUAUCAGAGAUUACAAGCUCGGAGGCGUUCUCGAACUGUCAUAUGUUUUUCCUCAAAACACUGUAAUCUUUAUGCAUAGGUUUUUCAAAGAAACUUCAAAGAUUUUUUUGAAUGGCUUGACGCGUAUAAAUCUCGACAAAUUCAGAUAGACUUUGAUGAAACCUUUAAUAUGGGGAAAAUUGUCUAUGGAAUUUUCAAAUCAAUGGGAAAUAGAGAGGGGAAUGACGAAUUUUAA